AUGGAUCGCUCAAGCCAACGAAUGGGAGAAAAGCUUAAGCUUAAACUUCCUGAGUACACCUUUUUUGUACCUCCUCAAGAGGUAGUCUCAGUAAUGAAAGGAAUGGGAAGUACAGUGCGUUGGCCAGAAAAGAUGAAGGCUCCAACAGAUAAGUGGGAUAGGAGUAAGUGGUGUGAAUUCCACUCUGACCAUGGGCAUCUUACUGAUGAAUGCAUAGCACUCCGACUAGAGGUCAACGAAUUGUUGAAGCGUGGACACCUGACUAAUUAUCUAUCAGAAAAAGGAAGAUUGACAAUAGAAGGAAAAAAGAAUCGGGAGCCAAGGUCUCAGAAGAGCCCUACCCCCGAUAGACCACCAACCAAAAAGGUGGUGAAUUGCAUUACAGGAGGAUCUGAGGUAAGUGGUAUAACAUAUUCUGCUGCAAAAAGACAUGCACGUUCGACGACAAGUGGGGAAGUUUUACACUCUACCAACACAAAUAUUGACCCAAACUUGGUGAUAAGUUUUACCAGCACAGAAGCUACAGAUCUGUUGAACCCCCAUCAUGAUGCUUUAGUGAUCUCAAUUAAUGUCGCCAAUUGCCUUGUCAAAAGGGUGCUAAUCGACAAUGGAAGUUCCACAAAUAUCCUCUUCCUGAAUGCAUUGCAAGGGAUGGGUAUUGAUGAGUCAAAUAUUACCAGGUGUUCCACAAUGCUUGUUGGAUUCAGUGGAGAGCACAAGAGUUCGAUUGGAGAGAUUGAUCUUCCAGUCUACGCUGAAGGGGUGAACAUUUGUGUAAAGUUCCUCGUACUCGAAUGCCCUUCUGCUUAUAAUAUUAUUCUGGGAAGACCAUGGAUACACGACAUGAGAGCUGUGCCAUCUACUUAUCACCAGAUAAUUCGUUUCCCAACCAAAUGGGGUGUACAGGAAAUCAAAGGAGAACAAAAGACAUCACGAGAUUGCUACAGGCAAGCUCUCAAACCCGGCAAAGCCACUUUAUAG